CCCUGCAGGCUCUAGCACAAGCUUAGCUAGCAACGUGAAAUCUUUGUAGGCAGUUGAAGCUUAUAUGUGCUGAGCUCCUACCCUCCAAUGCCGUCCAUCUCCAUGUCCCUCUCGCCGACGUCGCCGUGCACCUCGCAUCGUCGCCGUCACCGUCGCCGACGACCAGACCAGCAACAGUGCCAGCGACGGCGGCUGCUGCCCAACUCCAACAACUAAACUGUUCAACUCCUUCAGCUACUACUUCACUUGGGUUAAUUUGUACAUUGCUCUCUGCCAUGGCGGCGCCGGCAGCCGUUCUUGCCGUGCUCCGGUGGCGGCAGCGGCGGUGGCUGGUUGAGCUGGUCGCUCUCCUGCUUCUUCUUGCUCGAGGUGGCGCUGCCGCGGUUGACCAAUUCUUGUUUCCCGGCUUCUCCGGCGACGGCGUGGCCACCAGCGGCGCGGCCGCCGUCACCUCCACCGGUCUACUGCAGCUCACCAACGAGACGAAGGAGGUGUUCGGCCAUGGCUUCUACCCCAAGCCGGUCAGCUUGAGAAACGCCUCCACCGGCGCGGCGGCCUCCUUCUCCACCACCUUCGUGUUCGCCAUCGUGCCCAAGUAUCCCGACGCGCAUGGCCACGGCCUCGCCUUCGCGCUGGCGCCGUCGGUGGCCGUCCCCGGCGCCGUCGCCGGCAAGUACCUGGGGCUCUUCAACACGUCCGACAGCACGGGCCAGAUCAAGAACAAGAUCGUCGCCGUCGAGCUCGACACGGCGCGGGACGACGAGUUCGCCGACAUCGACGACAACCACGUCGGCAUCGACGACAACAGCCUGAAAUCCGUGAACUCCAGCCCGGCGGGGUACCACGACGCCGCCACCGGCGGCAAGCUCGCCAGCGUCAACCUGAUCGGCGGCGAGCCCCUGCAGGUGUGGAUCGAGUACGACGGCGACAGCGCGUGGCUCGAGGUGACGGUGUCGCCGGCCGGCAUGCUCAGGCCGGCCGCCCCGCUGGUGUCUUGCACCGUCAACCUGUCGUCCGCCGUGGCCGGCGACACGUACGUCGGGUUCUCGGCGGCGAACGGCGCCGCCGCGAGCUCGCACUACGUCCUCGGCUGGAGCUUCCGCCUCGGCGGCGGCGGCCGCGCGCAGGACCUCGACCUCGCCAAGCUCCCGCGGCUCCCGUCGCCGAGCAAACCCAAGAAGACGUUGCCGCCGCUGAUCAUCUUGACAAUUCUCCUCCUCUCCGUCGUGAUCCUGCUCCUGGCGGCGGCGGCCGUGGCGGCGCUCGUGGUGCGAAGCCGGCGGUACGCCGAGGAAGAGGAGGAAUGGGAGAUCGAGUACGGGCCACACAGGAUCAGCUACAAGGACCUCCACGGCGCGACCAAGGGGUUCCGCGACGUCAUCGGCGCCGGCGGCUUCGGCAGCGUGUACCACGGCGUGCUGCCGAGGUCCGGCGUGGAGGUCGCCGUGAAGAAGGUGUCGCACGACUCGCGGCAGGGGCUGCGGGAGUUCGUGUCGGAGAUCGCCAGCAUGAGCCGGCUGCGCCACCGCAACCUGGUGCAGCUGCUCGGCUACUGCCGGCGCCGCGGCGAGCUGGUGCUCGUCUACGACUACAUGGCGAACGGCAGCCUCGACAAGCACCUGUUCGCCGGCGGCGAGCGGCCGGCGCUGAGCUGGGAGAAGCGCGGCAAGAUCGUCCGGGACGUCGCCGCCGGGCUGCUGUACCUGCACGAGGGGUGGGAGCAGGUGGUGGUGCACCGUGACAUCAAGGCCAGCAACGUGCUCCUCGACGCCGACAUGAACGGCAAGCUCAGCGACUUCGGCCUCGCCCGGCUCUACGACCACGGCGCUAACCCGCAGACGACGCGCAUCGUCGGCACGCUCGGCUACCUCGCGCCGGAGCUGAGCAAGACCGGCAAGGCCACCACGAGCACCGACGUCUUCGCCUUCGGCGCCUUCUUGCUCGAGGUGGCGUGCGGCCGGAGGCCCAUGGAGUUCACCGUCGACGACGACUCGCCGGGGCUCGUCGAGCUCGUCCUCGAGCACUGGAAGGCCGGCGAGAUCACGGCGGCGAGGGACCCCAGGAUCGGCGACUGUGACGAGGACGAUCUCGAGGUCGUCCUCAAGCUCGGGCUUCUCUGCUCGCACCCUGACCCGCGCCGCCGGCCGAGCAUGAGGCAGGUGGUGCAGAUCUUGGAAGGCGCCGCGCCGGCGCCGGAGACGUUGCCGGAGGACCUAGAAUGCGGCGUGGGGCAGUUCUACGACGAGUCAUUCGACGAGUUCGUCACCGGCUUCCCGUCCACGUCGGAGAUCACCACGUCGACGACGCAGUCCACCGACGAGCAGCAGCGGCUGGUUGGCUGUGUUCAGUUGAGCACUGCCGAUUUUCUGAAGACAACUUAAAAUGUAAAAAUGUCAGUGAGCAAAUACUUGCAGCAUUAGGUGAUUGUUUGGGCUUUGGAUCUUCUGGAGUUAGUAACAUAGGGAUACUGUCAAUCAUUUUCAGAUAUGAUCAUAUAGAGGUUUUGAUCAAAGAUUAGUACAGCAUUCAGCUUAGAAGUUACCUUGUUGCAGUUUCAGAAGAAUGUACACCUGCAAGAAGGCAAGAACCGUGUAAGAAAUUUUGCAAGGGAAGAAAAAAAAAUAUGGAUCCCCUUUUUUUUUUU